AUGAGCUUGCUCUCAGGUCUGGACUGCAAGACCAUCACGAGCCUCCUCCUCCGCGUGGGGCAGCUCCUCUCCGUCCUCGUGCCCAUCUUGCUGGCCAGCGAGGACGCCCUGAAGGAGGGGGUAAUCAACUGGUGCAUGUUCAUCUGGUGCAUCUGCUUCGCCCUGACCUUCGUUGGCUUUGUACUGGAGUUGGGCAGCCUCCUCAAACUGCCGUUAUGUAACAUACAGUCCCUCCUCCGCUUGUCUGAUAAGGUCCAGUACCACCUCCGCUUGUCUUGGGAUGGCAUUCUCUACGCCUUUGGCUGUUACUUCGCGGUUGUCUGCCUUGCAGCUGCCAUCAUCUUCGGCCCCACCUACAUCCAGUUCUUUUCUCCAGGCCCCACCCGGAACCGCGCCAUCACCGCCACCGCCUUCUCCUGCGUGGCUGCUCUGCUUUAUGCCAUCGAAGUGGCCUGGGUCUGUCGCCGACCCGGUAAAAUGUUCUGCUUUUGGCCGACCUUCCCAGGUGUGCUCAGGAGGCUGGAGAACUAUGUGGCCAACGUCAUCUUGGCCUUCACCUGCAACACUGACCUGUACCUGCACCAGCCGGCCCUGGUGUGGUGUGUGGCCGUGUACUGGAUCUGCUUCAUCCUGGGGGCCAUGAACUUCCUCGUGAAUGGGUGUGACUGUGACAACGACAAAAAGCUGCCCCUCCCUGUCCCCUGUUUGCUGUGGGUGCAGACUGUGCUCUCCGUCCUCCUCUAUGCCACCGCCGUGAUCCUCUGGCCACUCUACCAGUUCCACGAGAAGUUGGGGGGGCAGCCCCAGCGGUCCAGCGAUAUGAGCUGCAGUGAUCAAAUCAGCAUCUUUGUCUGCAUCUGGGACCAACAACUGGCUGUGGCCAUCCUGACAGUCAUCAACCUGCUGGUUUAUGUGGCUGACAUGGUGUAUUUAGUCCGAGAAGCUUUUAGGCUCACCUUGACAGGUGACCGGAAGAGGGAGAGGCUCACCGCACACCGUGCAGAUGGGGCCCCGUGGGCUCUGCCUGACGGAGACUGCUGA